GUGAGAGUGACACGCACACAACCAAGACAGCAACCUGCUCCGUGCGAGGGGGGCGGUAGGAGUGGCGAGAGUGGAGCGGUGUCAGUACCAUGGACAGCUCCCGAUAGACGCACGCUGGUUUGCGCUCCUCUCCUAAACGGAACAGACGCUCCUAUUUGCGUGCAUGUUCCCCCCUAAAGAAGGCGGUACAGUGGUGUCAUUAAGAUAUCGAUUACUUUUACCUCUUUUUUUUUCCUCAUCCAACGAGCAUUUGGAUUCCUUUUUGGACCUUAAGUUUUUGUGAGGAGUUUUCCUGUCCUACGCUGCUGGACCGGUGUCUUACUGUUUGGUGUGCGUUUUUUUUAAUGCAACUGAAUUUUUUUUGGUGUUCUGUUCGGGAUGGCACCCAGAGUACUGUUUAAUAUGCUCUGUGCAAGAUAUAUAAGUGUUUGAUUUCAAUGCCACUAUGGAUCGAUAGGAUUUCCAUGGAACUUCUGCCACUCAUUAUCUUCAUAUUAUAAUAUAUAUAUAAUAUCAAGCGAGCAGCGUUUUUGGGGCCACAAUGGCGCUGAGCGGAAACUGCAGGACUCACCCCAAAGAGCAGUCGUCGGUCCAGAACAGCCUCCCCGACGUCCUGGAGCUCAACGUGGGCGGCCAGGUGUACUACACGCGCUAUUGCACGCUGGUGAGUAGCCCGAGUUCUCUCCUCGCCAAGUUGUUCUCCAAAAAGGACGCCUCCAACGACUUAGCCCGGGACCCGAAAGGUCGCUACUUCAUCGACCGCGACGGCUUCCUCUUCCGCUACGUGUUGGACUACCUGCGGGACAAGCAGGUGGUCCUCCCGGACCACUUCCCGGAGAAAGGUCGGCUGCGGAAAGAAGCGGAGUAUUUCCAGCUACCCGACUUGGUGAAGCUUCUCAGCCCGGAGGAGGUGAAGCAAAGCCCGGAUGACUUGUUCCACAGUGAUUACGAGGACGGCUCCCAGGGGAGCGAGCCGCGCCACUGCCCGCCGCCCUCGCUCGUCCCCGCGGAUAGGAAGAGCGGCUUUGUCACGGUGGGCUACCGGGGCUCGUGCACCGUGGCCCGCGACGCACAGAGCGACGCAAAGUUCCGUCGGGUGCCCCGCAUCCUCAUCUGCGGCCGAGUGGCCCUGGCCAAAGAGGUCUUCGGUGAAACCCUGAACGAGAGCCGGGACCCGAACCGGACCCCGGAUCGCUACACGUCCCGUUUCUAUCUCAAGUUCAGGCACCUGGAGAGGGCCUUUGACAUGCUGUCCGAGUGCGGCUUCCACAUGGUGGCGUGCAACUCAUCCGUCACGGCCUCGUUCGUCAGCCAGCACACGGAGGACAAGUUCUGGUCCAGCUACACAGAAUACGUCUUCUAUCGUGGCACGUCACGUUGGUCGUCGCUUCCCUGCGACUGCUGCUGCAAGAACCACAAGGGCGACGGCGAGGGCGAAAGCGGCACCUCCUUCAACGAGCUCUCCACCUCCAGCUCGGAGAGCCAAUCCGAAGCCGGCUCUCCGCAGGGGACGGUCAUCAGCGGCCCGGUCAGCCGCCAGCCCCACGCUAACGUCCAAACUCUGGACAGGCCUGUAAAAAAAGGCCCCGUCGCUAGGCUCCAACAGUCGGAACAACGGCGGAAAAGCGACCUCCUGCGUACUCUGACCUCCGGCUCCCGCGACCCCAACACGUGCAAGAAGAGGCAGCCCAAAGAGAAGCUGACGGUAGAGGAAGAGUUGGAUAGGUGCAUUCAAGACUUUCGCAAGAUCAAGAUUCCCGAGAGGUUUCCCGAGCGGAAGUACAUGUGGCAGGCGGACUUGUUGAGAAAGUACCGCGUUUGAGAACGCGGCCGAGUGACCGCCGAGGAUCUGUUUACACAUUUGAGACUUUUGCGACAAAGAUAAUUAAACUCAAUCAUUCACCAUUAUGCCAGUUGGUCGAACCACGACAGACUGAAGCUCAAAAGAAGCAUACAAAUCCAGACUGUUCUCUUAUUGACGUAACGUAUGUAGUAUGUGUGCGCGUUUAGUUCCCCGCCUACUCAGAGUAUGUGCCGUUAUCUCACUCUAUAAUUCACAGGUUUGAAUCAUUUAUGGAAGGACCAAAGCGGGAAGACAGAUGAACCCCAGAGGAAUAUCGGGAAGGGAUAGUGGGUACUCCAAAAGUCAUCAGUUUGGUUUUCAAAUCACUGCAAAUGUCCAAGUGAAAAGGAAUUUGGAGGAUAUGGUGAUAAUUUAGCGUGCCUUCCACGUUAUGUACCUUCAAAACUUCUUUCCAUUAUAAACCGAGCAGACCCUUUUUGUGUGUGAUCACACUUAGUUAGACCCCAAGGUCACGGCUAUCUACAUGAGGCUGAUAAACUCUCCCGAUAGUACUUUCAAUCUAGUAGUGCUUCCCGGGUACACACAAACCGUCUUUUUUUUUUUUUGGACGCAGUUCAGAGGCGGGAAAUGUUACGAUUUCAUCAGCAGCCCAAAUUAAUUUUCCUGUUGUAAUAUGAGUUCUAUUGCGAAGGCGCACCCCCGAGUGAAAUCGCGGCGGCGUGAAUUGCUUUGGCUCCUGCAGAGCAAUUUCCGAGAUGGGCAAUAAAACGUAGGUUUUGAUGGUCAAAUCAUCGAGAAAUACACGGGCGCAAUAAAAGUCCUGAUGGAGCGCACAUCCACCCACACAAAUAUUUUUCCUUGUGUAUCACUAGUUACUUUCUAUUCUCAAAAACACUGAAUAUUCAAAGCACGUGCAGAUGCAGUUAUUCGACAAGCACGGGACGAGAAAAAGAUAUUUCCUAAUUUCCCCUGACGGUUUUACAGUUCUUUCCCGUCUGUUGACAAGCUGAUCAAUAAUUAUUGACGAAGGGCUCUGGUGACAGCGCUGAUUUGCAAUUCUUGUUUGCAGUUAUUAAUGAAGCCUGACAAAAAAAAAUAUUGACAGAACAAGUAUUCCAUGUGUUUUCCAAUUAGUUGACCAAAAUUAUUAUUAUAUAUUUUUUUUUAUUGGUGCAGCCCAGUUAAUAUUGAAAAUUGUUUUUAGAGCUGAGAGGCAAAAUGUCUUUAAACACUAUUAUUAGGUUCACUUUUGGAUAACACACAUAAAAGAUCAUAACCAUUAUUUCAUUAUUAUUUAUUUCAUUUAUUUCCUAGGUUGGCAAUCUAAACAUUUAACUGAACUAAUUUUUUGGACAAAGCCUGAAAAAACGAGAUUUAUUCCGAGAGAGAUAUCAUUCAUAUUUAAUUGCCGUGUUCAGAGCCUAAUGCAACAAACAUAUACAAUCAAAGCUUAUUGUAAAUUGAAACGUUUACAUUGAAAUAAGUUGCGUUUUAAAGCACAGAAAUAAAGUAAAUAUUUUAUCUCUAUAAAGAAAUAAUACCCAUAUGUUCAUGGUAAUUAUAUAUAUUUUCUACCUAAAGGCCUCCAGAGUAAUAUUAUCCACGAUGUUGUUCAUUUUCCUGUUUGUUUUGGGUUGAUUUAUCAUAUCAUACAGUUGCAAAUUCAACCAUGAAAUAUUUUUUUACAUUUGAAGUCAAUAAAGCCAUGUAUCAUAUGUAAAUAAAUCCAUACAUUAAGUAUUAUACUCCUUGUACAUGACAUCAAAAUCUCUCGAGUAUCUUUGUAGCCAUUUAUGAGCCACUGCCAUUUGACUUUUACGUUGCACGAUCAAGGUUGGAAGGAAAGCAUCAAAUGCCUAUAACCCAUCACAUAUAUUUAUAUGGUUUCUAUCUUGUUGAAUUAUGACCCAGUUCUGUCAGACUGGCGACAUUGACACAAAUGCUGAAUAGAUAAGAACACCGUUCCGACGUCUGACUUGACUUCCACAUGUCGCUUUCGGUGAGUGCACAAAUUGAACAAACGCAGCUCUCAUUUCAUUUACAAUUAUUGGCAGCCCAGUUGGAAUAAUAAUGACUUAUUCUGCAAAAGCAAGCACAAAUAGAAAGUCAUUUUACAGGCAUUUCUUGUGUUGUGAUGGAGGUUAAAGAAAGGCCACUUCUGGCUCCAGGGGAAAGCCAUGACGAAUGGCUUCCAAUGACAUCCAGUGUGGACGUAAACAACACAUCGCAGCGUGUGGCAUUUGGAACCCGAGACUCAUCUUACUGACUCAAAGCCCUUUAACGCAAUUCCAUUGAGUUUAAGGCUGACCGAAGAAUCUCAUUUCCACACCUCCAAACCGGGAGUCCCUGAGAAUUGAAGAGAAAAUGGAACGAAUCAUUCCAAAUGAAUGAGCAUUUCGGUAUCGAUCAGCCCAACGUUGUUUAUUAGCAAUUCCACGUAUGGAUGUAACCAAACACCUCCCAAGGGGUUUUGAAGCCAUAUGCCAAUUGAAGUACAAAAGGAAAGCACAACUUUACAUUUCGACAUCUCAUCAAUUAGCCAUUGGUGACAAGCGUGUCAUGCCAUCUACUGGUUCCUGAUCAGUGCAAUCACAAAACGUUCAAUUGGUAGCAUUUCUGGCAGGUGAUUUUUGUGCUGCUUUAGUUUCAAACAUUUGUCUCGGCACGAUUCGAUAUUUAUUUUUCAAGUCCGAAACACAGCAGAGCAACACCUGGAGGCCUUGUAGACACGACUACAGAUCUUUUUGCACAAUGUAUGGAGUCCCAUAAAAAGAUGACAUUUCACAAAAAAAAGGACAGUCAUCAUUUUUUGCAUCGAGCCAUGAGUGAUAUGUCUUCCAUUGUCGUCUCUGGUGACAAAGGUCCUAUAAUUGCGACUCAAACCUACAACAUUCUCGUAUGAAGUCAAGUGUGAAGAAUGAAAAGAUGUUUGUGACUUUGUAAACUAAAGUUUUGCCAGACUGCAAAUACAAGUAGGGCCACGGUUCCUGUUCUCUCCUGCCUUUGACUCACAUGUAAAGUACAAAAAAAAAAGAAAAGAAAAAUCUCAUUCUCGGCACAUACUGUUUGAAACUAAAGGGUGUGAUGUUGUGACGUGUGUUGGUUCUGAUACACACAUGGAAAAAAUGGUUCUGAAUUGUUGUGAGCAUGUUGGUAUUCAAAACUAUGACAGAUUAGUCUGUUGUUGUGAAGAAUCUUUUUGUCCAAACUGCUAUUAACAUUACAAAAAAAAAAGAAGACAAGCACAAAUAUGUUGAUCGUGUCAAAUGUUCCUCUACAGAUGUAAACAAAUACCCAAUAAAAUUCCAACUUUGGAAUGGAUUGAUUGCUAUGUUCUUUUAUCGCAAGCUAAAAUGGAACUGAAAUACACAACUGUACUAAAUUGGUAAAAAAUGAACAAUGUGAUUAUUUUUUUGUAAUGUAUUUAUUGUUUUGAUGGGUAAAUGUACCUCAAGAUUUGAAAGUGAAUGUUGGUGAUGUCCCAUCUGCCUUUAAAGACCCUACAGAGAAUUUAUUCGUCACUCCAAAAUACAGCUAAUAAACAAAAACAGCCUGUACA